AUGGACAAUUUUGGGUGGCCCAACACGAACUCUAGUCGAUUUUUCGUCACAUUUACCGACACUCCUUGGAUGGACAACUUCCAUGUAGCAUUCGGUGAACUAAUCGAAGGCUUUGACGUACUCGAUAAGAUGGAGAGUUAUGGUGUGCUGGAAGGCUACGGUGCUCAACAAGGACGUACUACGAAGCUUGUUGUUACAGAAAAUUGCGGAGAACUUUGA